AAUUCACAAAUUGCCACACUACAGCUCAAGACAAAAGCAUUAAGAGAAACAAAUGGGUUCUUAUAAAUAAAUAAAUAAACAAGGCCCUAUAUGCAAAAGCCAAAAGAAUUAAAUCUUGAUACUAUCUACCCGUGAUGAUCAACUAAUGGUCACACUCAUUCCCUUCGGUCACUAUAUCUAACCUUGAAAAGGCAGUCGGCAGAUUUCACUCUCAACAACAUUCAUUCAUGGCUACUUUCUUCAAGUUCUCUGCUGCUUUUGCUUUGUCAACUGCUAUCUUCUUCUCUGAUGUGCUUGCCGUUGAUAGCAAGCCUGUGACCUCAGCUUCUCCUGGUGUUUCUCCAUACGUAACUGCACCUAAUAUGUCUUCAUUCUUCCCAUCACCAACCAACGAGUGGCUUACAGAUCCUCCAAAAGCAGAGGCAUUAGCUCCGAUUCCGAGCUCCGGUGAGUUUAUAGGGAAGAGUUCCUCUAGCUCAGUAAAGCUCAGUUAUCAUUAUCUUACCACUGGAAGCUGCAUAAUUUUUGCAAUUAGACUGCUUUCUGCUGUUUAAGCAUAGACAUCUGUAUGUAUUCAAUUUGUGGUAGAAGUGAUUCUAUGGAUUCAUUCUUAGUUACAGCAUUUACCAUCAUCGUACCUUUGAUUUGCUGUUGAGACCAAAUUAAUGAAUAAAAGAGACCAUAUUUCUUGGA